GUAAACAACUGAGCGCAACUUUAUUUACGUCAUCAUGAGACUGACAGGGCCGCACCUUUUGUAGAACUAGAAGUUUACAUUUUAAUUUAAAUCACCAUCGACAGUCAUGGUAUUAAUCACCCACCUUCUUGUGCUGAUUACCUUUGGGUAUUUCGCUUCUAGUUUUGCACUACCGAAUGCGAAGGUGAGUCCCUAUAUUGCAGCUCAGCUGCCUCUGUGGGAGCACGGGGAGGCAGAUGUGGUCAUCUACCGCAUUCCCUUGCUCAGUUACACCCCUGGAGGGCGCCUGCUGGCCGUCACUGAGGCACGGAAGUACACUGGGGGAGAUGCUGGUCCUAAAUUCAUGGCCAUCCGCAGGUCACAGGAUGAACUGGGAGACAAGUGGGAGCCGAUGCAGUACAUCGUGGAUGACGGCUAUCUCCUCUUUGACGGCCUCAACAACGGCAACAUCAUCGUGGAUGAUGAGAAGGGUAUCAUUUUCAUCAUGUACUGCAUCUGCUUCCACCACGACAGGUGCGACAUCGCCAGCAUUAAGCUGGUCAAGAGCGUCGAUGACGGCGUGACGUGGUCUAAGCCGAUCAACAUCUCAGAGCAAGUGGGCACUCCCUCGUUUGCUCCAGGGCCUGGCUUUGGCAUCCAAAAAAAAUUGGAUCCUAACAAGGGACGGCUAGUCUCCUGCGGUUUCGGCUCUGGUUUUGGAGGCGGUGUGCAGUGCCUGCUGAGUGACGAUCACGGGUUGACAUGGCGAUGGGGAGGGAAUAUCACCACGAGUGCCAGCUUUGCGCCAGGCGAGUGCCAGGCUGCUGAACUGCCUGAUGGCUCCAUCAUGCUCAACAUGCGCAAUAGUCACCAUGCCCCGUGCCACUGUCGUGUAGUGGCACGCAGUUACAACGGCGCUGAGACUUUUCCUCUGAACGACGUGUGUGUGGACAAGGCUUUGAUUGAACCAGGCUGUGCUGGAGGAAUGCUGUAUCACAGAGACGUGCUGUUCUUCACAAACCCUAAAAGUACCACUGCAAGAGUUGACUUAACAUUACAGUGGAGUUACGAUAACGGUACAACCUGGGAUGGUGAGUUUCAGAUCUGGGAUAAAGCCAGCGGGUACAGCACUAUGACAGCUCAUCCGGGAGCUUCACCGUACAUCUUCAUUCUCUUUGAGAAGGGCAUCAUAUCAACAACCGAGUCUAUUCAGUUUGUACGCGUGAGCUUGUAUGAGGAAGUGUGAACCUCUAUGAUAUUAGCUCUUGUGUUACGGUUCACUUGGCUAACGGGUUAAUUAAUAUUCAUACUUUUGAUAGAGAUUUUAAGUUGAAUGAAGAAAGCAUUUUAGGUGGAAAAUUACCAGGUGCAAUUUGUCUAUUCAGAAAAAAUGUUGCAACCUGACGCCACUUCAGCGGUUGUGUACAAAGUCCACAGAGAGUCAAGAAAAUUUAAUUUUCGAAGUAUUUCCUAACAGAAUUGGAAAUGUUUCUGAGUCCCAAAUUCAUAUCUUAUCUUUUGCAAUGCCUGACCUCAUUGAGAAACUAUAUGAAGAAAAAAGUGGCGUCAGAUUGCAACAUUUUUUCCGUCUAUUCUUCCAAUUUCAACACAGUAAUCAAAAUUUAAGUACAUAUAUCAAGAGAAAAUCAAUACAAAAUGUCAUUGUGAAACAUGAUUUUGUUAAUAUCAGAUUGCCUUUGUAUACCGGUUACAUGAUAUUUACAUACGGCUCUAAUAAACAAACACAGUAUUACAUUAUUUUAGCAUUACUUCAAUUGAGAUAAAUAAUACCUCAAUCCACUUUCUUGGAGCUGCAAUUUCAACACAGUAAUCAAAAUCUAAGAACUUGUCAAGCAACUAACUGUUCAAAUGGUUUGCCAGUACAUGUAUAAGUAUCAAGAGAAAAAAGUUAAUACAAAAUGUCACUGUGAAACAUGAUUUUGUUAUAUCAGAUUGCCUUUGUAUACAUGAUAUUCAUAUACGACUCUAAUAAACAAACAUAGUUUUACAUUAUUUCAGUAUUGCAUCAAUUAAGAUAAAUAAUACCUCAAUGCACUUUCUUGGAGCUGCAAAAAGCAGAAAAAUCGUGUAUCACAUUUAUUUUGAUACCAGUGAUUACCAAUAUGCAUCACAUAACAUUUUGGCUCAUAACUUGUUGCCGAGAAUCUUGUGCUGGUAGGCCAUCAGCCUCGGUCCAAAAUUUUGGCCACCGGUAUCAAAUGAGGGGAAUAAUCGUCAUAGCAAUUUUUGGCAAGGUAUACACCUCUCCAGAGUUGGAAAAUAUGUGAUAGCAUUGUAACGGUGGCAGCUUUUUGGGUGUUAUCACCCUUUUUUUCAAAAUGUCCAUCAAAAUGCUUGUUACCACUCUAGGGGCGGAAUACCUUGCGCAUGCACACUACAAUCAUUUAUGCCCUGAUUUGAUACCAGCCAACCCCCCAGGCUGAUGGCCUAUAAGCACAGAUGGCUGAUCCACAAAGCUCCGCCCUGUGAUUUUUUUUGGCAUUUGAGAGACGCACGUUUAAGAGUCAGGUUUGGUUUAGCCUGAAUUAUAUGCUAUGCUAAAUGUAUACCUAUAAACAUAUUUGUAUUUUCUACAUGGGUUAAUACAUACAUUUGUAUUUUUUUAAAUCUUUUUUAUUGUAAGUAGUUUGUUAAGUGCUCAGAUUUGCAUCCAGAAAAGGUGCAUUUCUACAGACAGUUUUGGUGCAGUCGAUGAUCACAGGAUGAGCAAUCUUUACGGUAUGUUUUGCAAAAGAGUUCCCAUCGCUAUUGGGGAAAGAAAGGGCUGCCAACUGUAAUGCAUUGAGCCUCAGAUUCAGGUUGUUCUCAUGCUCACACAGGAUUUCUCUCCCUCAAAAAAUAAAUGAAUUAAACUGGAAAAUGUUAAAAUGAUGAUCUUUUGCUAAAAAAAAAGGGUUAAAGUGGUCAGAACUUGUCUGAGAUUGCAACACAGAGCGUCUAGAAUCCAACAUUUUGUGGGGACCUUAAGCUCCAUUGCAAGAUUCUCACUCUCAGCUCUUACAGUUGGCACCCCUGAAAACGUAUGUUGGAAACAGCACCCAUUCAUCCUAGUGAUCCCACAUUGGCAAAAGUGGCCAAAAUUUGUAGCAAAUUUAUAUUUAUG